AUGCAUUUCAGCGUAUACUCGCUAAUGAGCGUUGGGUUUGCAGCACUUGCGUCGUCGCAGGCACUUACGCUCGAAGCUUCAGAUUGCGUUGGACCUUUGACUACUGCUUCAAACUGCAACUACUUUGCGAGUAAGCUCAAUGCUUGCAACAGCCUAAGUGGCAGUGCUGCCGCUUCUUGCUACUGUCCGCAAACCGUCUUUGAUGCCAUUGUGCGAUGCGAAGGAGAAUUCAGGCUCUGCUAUGCAGGAGAUGAAUUCGACCCUACAUUUGAGGAUCCGAGCACCGGGCUCAUCACUCUCUGGCAUUCGGCUUGCGACGAAGUAAUCACGUAUACAGUCACAACUCCAGUAGCAGCGGAGCCAUCAAUCACGAUUGACCAGGAUUUCUGUAACUCCGUUGCGAACGACUGCAUUCGAUUUGUCAAACAUCAUCAGCCUGGCAAACAGGUGCCAAAUCGACGGCUCAUCCUCUUGUUUCCUGGAGACGGUCGUCACCACGAAUCUCUGGUCGUACAAGAACUGCCGGAAUGGGGUGUCAGCAGGGAGGCAACUUACCACCAUCACACCCGCGGCCACCGCGACUUUGAGCAGAACGUCCUCAUCGGGGUCAGAUCAGGGAGGCUCAAUUACAUCUGGAACGGCAGAACCAAGCUCGCUUCCGUCGGUGCCCGCCCUGUCCACGGCAACUUCCAGGGUGUCAUCCUUGUCUGCGGCUUCAGCCCGGCCUAG